AUGGCCACCCAGCCUGGUGGCCCUCCUCCCCGUACAGCCUUGCUAGGCGAACAGAAGGCCACCGGAGCCAAGAAAGAUUACUGGGUAUGGGUAUAUAACAAGGCUUGCCUCCGUUGUAACAAGGAGAAGCUAAACUCUUCGGCUCGGGUCCGACGGCUAAAGAUGGCUUCCAAUCAGCAGAUGACCCUGAUGGAGCAAGCCAGACAAUCUGCUACAUUUGACUCGCGCAUAUUGACUCGCGUCAUCCACGACGGUGAGGCCAAUGCCUCCUCCCGACGAGCAGCUUUCCGACGUGUGGAGUCGGCUCUAGGGCUAGGGGAUACCAUGACACUACCGCAUGUCUACUCAGGGCUGGAUCGCAAGGGGUUGUACUUGGAAGGUCUUCGUCGUGGGAGAGCAAUGGUCGAUGACAUGAUGCAAUACAACCAUCGGCAUUUUGAGAACAUGACGGAGCGAUAUCAAGUUGCCAACUCAACACCAUACGGACUGAGCCUUCUGAUAUUCCGUAUGACCAUAGAGUUUCAUGGAAACGCGGAACAGAAGCAACAAUGGCUGCCUCUAAUCGAUCAAAUGACGAUCAACGGCUGUUACGCACAGACGGAACUGGGUCAUGGUAGCCAUCUCCGUGGAAUUGAGACUACGGCCAGUUUUGACGAGGAUACCGGCGAUUUUGUCAUUCAUUCGCCAACCAUCACUGCGGCCAAGUACUGGCCAGGGGGGUUGGGUUUAAGCUGCUCGCAUGCCGUUGUGGCAGCCCGAUUGCUCAUUCGUGGCAAGGAUUACGGCAUGCACUGGUUCAUCGUGCAGAUUCGCUCUCUCGAUGACUUUUCCCCUGCAGAAGGUGUUGAGCUGGGGGAUGUCGGUUUGAAAAUGGCCUAUAACGGAACCUGCAAUGGAUAUGCACGAUUCAGCCAUGUGCGGGUGCCACGCAGUAGUCUUCUGGCUGCGUACGCGCAAGUGGAUCGCGACGGGUCGUAUGUUCAGACUCUUCACGGCCAAUCAUUUCAGAAAGAACUGUACGCAGCCAUGCUCGAGGGCCGGCGAAUAAUAAUCCAGUAUGCUGCAUUUGGCCUUGCUCAGCCAUUGACUGUGGCGACACGAUACUCCGUGGUGCGGAUGCAGGGCAUGCCAAUGUUCUCAGAGCCGAACGCUCCAGAAGUGCCUGUUGUAGCCUACAAAUCUCAGCAUUAUCGCUUGCUGACGCUAAUCUCACAGGCAUAUGCCCUUAUUUUCGUUUCCAAGGAGUUUAAUGAACAGUUCGGUCAAAUCCAGAAAGAGAGAGCACAAGGCAACCUUGCCCGUCUCCCUUUCAUACAUGCGCUCAGCACCGGGUUGAAAGCCUGGGGAACGAGUACGGUGAACGCUGGAGCCGAAGAAGCGCGCAAGAUGUGCGGCGGACACGGUUAUAUGGCACUGUCUGGACUACCCGAGAUGGUAGGCGCAGCAUGUGCCACAACAACCUUUGAGGGAGAGAAUUAUCUGAUGUGGCAGCAAUUGGUGCGAUAUCUUUUCAAGCAGGCCGACGCCAUCCAGGCAGGAAGAGCAGUCGAUGCCGAUGUCGAAGAGUGCCUGCGCGACUUCGAUUCAUAUCUCUCUCAUAAGAAGACUUUCCACCUGAAAAAUCUUGCAACAGACCAGCUCUGCCAGACCGCCACGCUUCUAGCGAUGUUUCACCACCGCUUUUGCAGAGUCCAUGCGGCUGCGUACACGGAAUAUGGUCGGCGAAAGAGAUCAAUGUCCGCUGCAGAGGCAUGGAACCGUUGCCUGAUGCGUCUACUGCCUGUAGCACACGCCUACACCGAGUAUAUGGUUCUCCAGGCAUUCCAACGCCGAGUGGCCAUGCUCCGAGAGUCCGAACCAAGUGUGUUCCCAGUUCUCUCCCGCCUGUCUGAAUUAUUUGCCUUGACGAGCAUCAUCACCCCGACACAGUCGUACUAUACCACUUCUUUUACGGAAGAUGGACUGUUGUCGUCGACCCAAUUCGACCCUAUGCGAACGCGCAUCGAUCAGAUCCUCGAGGAGCUGCUUCCAGAUAUCGUGUCCCUCACGGAUGCGUGGGACUUUACCGAUGCAAGCCUGAGCAGUGCAUUGGGCUGUCGAGACGGGAACGUAUAUGAGCGACUCAUGAGCUGGACGAGGCAGCUUCCCGUCAAUACAGAGAACGUAGCGAAAGACGCAUGGGGGGUGGAAGGUGGCAUCCGAGACCUGCUCAAGAGAGGGUCGCCGCCACUGAAAUCGAUGCUAUGA